CAUAACUUAUACCAAAUGUUCGUUUAGAAGAUGAGAAAAAAAAACGAAAAAAAACACCAUAGUGGAGACGUAGAAGUUGUACGGUAAUUGACGAAUUAUCUUUAUUUUUGGAGCAUGCGCCAAAAAUGAUACAAAACUUUAUCAAUACUCAUCUAGCAUCUUAUAACAAGGGGGUUUGCUUAGUACUCGGCAUUUCGAAAGUAAAUAUUGUGCACAAACCGAGAGCAAAAAAGUCAUUAGCGUGUAUUUUUCAUAACGUCAUUACGUGCUACAUCGCGAUACGUAUCAUCGGUGUGAAAAAGAUUCGCGUUUAUUGAUUUUGGGCGGUGACUCUCCCCUUCAUUCAGCAAUCCAAAGCGACAUUCAACGUGUACAUGUCGGCUAACGCUGUUCCAGACUGAUAAUCAAACAUUUCAGAUUUACAUGAUCAAUAAGCAAAAAUGAGAUUCCUAAUGUUAAUAUUAUUACUCUAUCAUAUUCGAAAUAUUCAUACUUGGACUUGCGACGUGAGACCAAAAGGAGCUUCAGGUUCGCCUAACGAAGACGAUGGUAAAUUUAUAAUAGAAAUCGCAACUACUCCAGAGAAGUACAUUCCACAACAACUUUACAAUGUUACGUUGAAAGGUAAAAAUAGCGUAAUAGAAGGACCUAUUCAAUUCAAUGGUUUCUCCAUUACGGUCCAACCAAGAAAUAUGAAUGAUGUUAGUCCGAUAUUGGAUCCAAAUAUCGCUGGUGUACUGGAAGUCUUUCCUGGGGACAUGACCGCGAAAGUAGAUGAAAAAUGUCCCAACAUGGUUAUCCAUACCUCUCAUAUAUUUGUAUCUGAAGUAAUCGUUCAAUGGGCAGCUCCGCCUGCUGGAAGAGGAUGUAUGACACUUCGAGCUUCCGUAAUGGAACAAAAUGUGUGGUAUCGGAACAAUUUUGGUUUGAUGACAGAAAUAUGCGAAGAUGAUAAUGUGAAGAGUGACGACAAUAUUGAAGAUUGUGAAGCCUGCAACGAAGCUAAAUACGAACUGAAAUUCGAAGGAAUGUGGACUCGUCAAAGUCAUCCUCUCUAUUUCCCAGGCAACGUAUGGACUACACGUUUUUCAGACGUGAUAGGAUCUUCACAUGGGACAUCUUAUAGAUUUUGGAAAGAGAGUGAAAUGGCAUCCCAAGGCUUAAUAGAUUUCCUCGAUAAUGAAAACACCACCACACUGGAAACUGAAAUCAAGAGUAAUGAAACAAGAACAGUGAUUAAAGCUAAAGGUUUAAGGUACCCAAACAUCACUGGUAAAACAUUCGCUGUAUUUCGAGUUGAUAAAAAUCACCAUUUACUUUCCAUAAUUUCAUUGAUAAUUCCAUCACCAGAUUGGUUUGUAGGAGUAUCUGGUUUGGAAUUGUGUAAUAAAACUGAAUGGAUACCCGAUAAAAUAAUUGAUCUUUAUCCUUAUGAUCUAGGACUAUACGAUGGCCUUCAAUACACAUCACCCAAAGAACAUACCAACGAGACGAUUACCAAAAUUGAUCACGCUACAGUAUAUGCAUCGCCUUUUCACACUAACAAUACUGAAAAACUGAAACCGUUGGCUCGUGUACAUUUAACUCGAUCUAGAGUCUAUGAACGAGCUUGCAGUGAAGACGCUAAUUCUUAUACAACCUCUGCUACACCCAUAGACAACAGGAACAAUAAUGAUUGUCCGGAUGGAAAUUGCAAUAACCUUUGCAACAUGGUUACCGAUCGCGUGCCUUGGUCAGGAUGUUCAUUUCCAGAAUGCGACGAUGAUAGAGUCAAAGGGAAAUUCCCAUCGUGGAGUGAUGAUGUUAUAAAACAAUGUUUUGAAAAUAAUCAAACUACCGAAACAUUGUCCAAAGAUGGAUGUGCUAGCAUUUGUUAUGGAGAAGACAAAAAACUGGCUGUAAAGAGACGUCAAUUAGUUAAUCAGAAUGAUUGCCCAACAACCCCAUGGACACCUUUCUCAGCUUGUGAUGGAACAUGCCGUAGAACUCGAACAAGGGCGCUCACAGAUGAAGGCAGAAAAAAUUUAAAUUGUGUUAAAUUAAUUUUCGAACAAAAAAUAAAAUGUGAUCCUGGUUGCCUCACGGACAAAGAGAAAAAAAAAGGAUUUAAAGUAAAAUAUCCCAAUAAAUACGACGUUUCUAUAUCCGCUGUGUACUCGUAUACUAUACUGCAUAACCCAAAAUUAUGUAACACUACAAAUACCACUACUAACAAUUGAUCAGCGAGAUUUACGUGUAAGGAAAUUUCGUCACGGAAAAUAAUAUUCUACUUGUUCAAAACAAGUAUUUAAAAGGUUGCGGAACUCUGGUUUGAAGGAAUUGAUUCCCACGUGUUUUAUCAUUUACUGCAGUUAUGGAAAAAUUCAAGAGAUAUGUGUUUAUCUCGAAUCUUUAUAAACAAAACAAACGUCAGAGCUGAAAAUUAUUUACCUACAGAAAAAAUUAUCGUGAUGGAAAUUAUCAAUUAUGUAAUUUGAACCUGUAGGACUUCUGAUUAUUUUAUUUUCAUGAAAUUAGGUUUGAUACGAGACGUAAUAACAAUGUGGGUAAAUUUCUCGACCAUUUACCUACUUGAUUAAAUGUGCUUCCGUAACACUGAUAUGUAGUACCUUAUAUCGUAGAUCAGUUUGUUUCCUGAAAAUUAACACUCAUUAUUAGAUAAUUAAUAAACAUAUCUAUCUACCGCUAAUAAUUCAACGAUAAACU